UCGGCGCGGGGUCCCGGGACGUGGAACAGAUCCCGCCUGUCUUCCCACGUCGGCGGGUUCCUGCGAGCGCAGUCUCGGCUACUGCUUAGCCUAGCUAACGGAUUAUGGGGGUUCUGGGCGCCCGGCGUGGCCUCGAGUGGCUGCUGGGUUUCUACUUCCUCUCCCACAUCCCCAUCACCCUGCUCUUGGACCUGCAGGCGGUGCUGCCGCACGAGCUCUACCCUGUCGAGCUGACAAAGCUGCUGAAGUGGUAUGUAAAAGAGUUCAAGGACCCUCUGCUGCAGGACCCCCCGUCGUGGUUUAAGUCCUUCCUGUUUUGUGAGCUUGUGUUCCAGCUGCCUUUCUUUCCCAUCGCAACUUAUGCCUUCUUCAAAGGAGGCUGCAAGUGGAUCCGCACCCCUGCAAUCAUCUACGCAGUCCACACCAUAACAACGCUAAUUCCAAUUCUCUCCACGUUUCUGUUUGAGGAUUUCUCCAAAGCCAGUGGUUUCAAAGGACAAGGACCUAAAACUAUCCGAGAACGACUAACCCUUGCUUCUGUCUAUGCCCCCUACUUGCUCAUCCCUCUCAUGCUUCUGUUUUUCAUGUUGCGGAGCCCCCACUACAAGUUUGAGGAGAAAAGAAAGAAAAAAUGAAAGCACCACUGGGCCAGGGGAGAGAUGCCCACAGGGCAGUUUCCUGUCGACCCAGUACAAGGAAAACUGCUCAGAACCCACAUCUUUGGUAGCAUUGGAAAUACUGGCAGCAACACACAAGAGCAAGACACUGGCAGGAGCCAAGUCAGACCCUCCCAUGGGCACUGGCACAAACAGACCUGUCACCUGCUGACUGGCAGAAGGGUGUGGGCUAGGUGUAGGGAAGUGGUGCCCAGCAGUGCAGUGUGGGCCUAGGUUCCACUGCGGGAUUUUAAACGUGAGACCAAACCAAGAGGCAUGGCCUGCUUGGCACGUUCAUGUCGCCCCCAGUACACUUGACUAAACCCUUGACUCAUGUUUCUCUACAGCAUAUCACUAGUCAGCGAAAUUAGUGGGAUGCUUGAGUCCAUUUUAGAGUGGGAAAUCUUGUCUCUCAUGUUCAAAAUCUCUCAUCAUGUUUUCUGUCGCAGGAGAAGAGUUUUAAGUCUGUUUCUCUUCUUUCCAAACCUACUCUGCAUUUUACAAACCAUCUGACAUAGUACCUUUGAGAUCUGAUAUCCAGCCUGAUCUGGAGUGUACUUCCUCCUGGAUCACUUCACCUUUCUAAUAGUUUAAUCAUUCCUUCCAUCUUGUUCUCAGUCCUAGGAGGAAGACAGCUGAACAUAAUGUCCAGUGUGUGCACAUAGGGUCUCCAUGUUAGCAUUUGGGGUUCCACCAGCUUUCUCUAAAUGCAAACUCAAAGCCAACUCUUUAAAAAAAAAAAAAAAAGACAUGUGAAUGCACAUAGAAAACUGUGGAAACGUCCCAGUCAGUUCCUUCUCUUUACCUCUUUGCUCACAAGCCAUACUGGUCUGAUUGUCGGGACUGCUGUCUAACUCAUGUGUCUGGUCCAAAUAAAGGUAGCUGCUGA